GGUGGAGGGACAACCAACUAACAGACUGCGCCCUCCGGGACACCGCCCAGUGCGGGGUCUGCGGGUCCUUGGGAGAUGCAGCUGCCUUGGUUGCAGUUGCCCGAACGCAGCUGCCAGUUUGCUCACUUCUCUGCCUCAGUCCCAGGGUGUCGGGACACACUGGAAUCCAGUCAUGCAGCCGGGGGCAGCGCUGCAGGCUGUGUUGUUGGCGGUGCUGCUGGCAGAACCGAGGGGUUCGAAGGGUCGCCUGCUGAGUGCCUCGGACUUGGACCCCAGAGGAGGACAGCCGGUCUGCCGGGGAGGGACACGGAGGCCUUGCUAUAAAGUCAUUUACUUCCAUGAUGCUUUUCAAAGACUGAACUUUGAGGAAGCCAAAGAAGCCUGCAGGAGGGAUAGGGGAGAGCUCGUCAGCAUCGAAACAGAAGAUGAGCAGAGACUGAUAGAAAAGUUCAUUGAGAACCUCCUGGCAUCGGAUGGUGAUUUCUGGAUUGGCCUCAGGAGGUUGGAGGAAAAACAGAGCAACAACACAGCCUGCCAGGACCUUUAUGCUUGGACAGAUGGAAGCACAUCACAGUUUAGGAACUGGUAUGUGGAUGAGCCUUCCUGUGGCAGCGAGGUCUGCGUGGUCAUGUACCAUCAGCCAUCAGCACCACCCGGCAUCGGGGGCUCCUACAUGUUCCAGUGGAACGAUGACCGGUGCAACAUGAGGAACAACUUCAUUUGCAAAUAUACUGACGAAAAACCAAAUACAACACCCUCUAUAGGGCCUGAGGGUGAAGCAACUGAGCCAGCAACACCCGUACUUCCAGAAGAAACACAGAAAGAAGACACCACGGGAACCUUUAAAGAAAGCAGAGAGGCUGCUUUGAAUCUUGCCUACAUCCUAGUCCCCAGCAUUCCCCUUUUCCUCCUCCUUGUGGUCACUUCGGCUGUAUGUUGGGUUUGGAUCUGUAGAAGGCAACGAGACCAGCCAGACCCCAGCACAAAGGAGCAACACACCAUCUGGCCCACUCCUCGCCAAGAAAACAGCCCCGACCUCGAUGUUUACAAUGUCAUCAGAAAACAAAGUGAAGCUGAUUUAGCUGAGCCCCGGCCAGACCUGAAGAACAUCUCAUUCAGGGUGUGUUCUGGAGAAGCCACGCCCGAUGACGUGUCUUGUGACUAUGACAACAUAGCUGUGAACCCUUCAGAAAGUGGGUUUGUGACUCUGGCAAGCAUGGAGAGUGGAUUCGUGACCAAUGACAUUUAUGAAUUCUCCCCUGACAGAAUGGGGAGGAGCAAGGAGAGUGGGUGGGUGGAAAAUGAAAUAUAUUUCUAAGACAUAUGAAAAGAUUGUCAAAAAAGAAAAAAGAAAGGCAAAAGCCUCCUAUAUCUAUCAAGACAAAUAUUCAGGAAGCUUAUGAAAAUGUUCAGCUCAGGUCUCAGGGGAGAGCAGAGCAUCACAAGUUCCUACAGGGUCCUCAAGUUCUGACUGCAUCCCUUACCUAAGAGCCUCACAGAGCUCACCCUUGUGAGAAGGCACCUUGCCCAGGGGCUACAGCAGCAGACUCUCAAUAAUUGUUAGUCAGUGGCUUAUAACUGGUGGUCAAAGGCCGGUGCCCUCACUGGUCAGGAUAAAGGUUCUGUUCUCCUGGCUCUAUACAGCAGCACAUGCAAUCACCAAAAAACAAACAAACA